AUGGUUAAGCAGGUACUUGUUACCGUUGGAACCACCAGCUUUGACGACCUCAUCCUGGCUGUAGACAACAUCGAGUUGCAACUGGAACUCAAGAGACUCGGAUACACAGAUAUAUGUUACCAGAUAGGAGCAUCGGCUUUAGAAAUUAAAAAUAAAAUUUUAAAUACAAAAGUAUUAAGGUUUGAACAAGAUUUUGAUAACGUGAUACAAAGAAGCGAACUCAUCAUAUCGCAUAUGGGAGCAGGGACUAUAAUAGAUGUCUUCCGCUUACGUAAAAAGGCAAUAUUCGUACCAAACCGAAAAGUAGCUGCCGAUCAUCAGAUGCAACUCUUCAGGGUUAUGGACGAAAGAUACAGAGCAACACUGGACAAUCUCAAGGACAAGUUGAAGACGGCAACAGAAACCACGGGACCCUUCUUCAACAGGAUAUUGCCACCAGGGCCGCUAAAUGAGGUAAUAGAAGACACUUUAUCACAAUGA